AUGGCUGCCGCAACUCUCAUUGGCAGGGUCACACACGGCAUGGGAAGAAAUGCGAAGAAGACUGCCUCCCGAAACGACAACAAGGUGUCCAACACGAGUUUCGAUCAAAAAAUAGUCUGUGACGGGGAUGGGGUCUAUCAAUUCCUCUAUCGGAUCUUCGCUCUUCCACCUGAAGUCCGAGAAUUGGUAUGGCGCUUCGCCUGUGACGGACGCCCCACAAUCAGACUGGGGGGUUCAGAGACAAAUGGUAUCAUCAGCGUCAUGCUGGCACUGAAGGACCAGCAGUUCAGGUCCGAGGGGCUGGUGGGGGUGUGGAAGAGCUUCCAUGUUGAGUGGGAAGGUACCCUCGAAUCUGGAGCGUGGAAAAUGUUCAAGAAAGCAAUCAUUCCUCAUAUUCGCUGCCUCACUAUCAACUUCUUAUUAACUCAAGAAUUCUUGCACGACGAUCAAUCCGAGAUGAGAAAGACUAUUGCGUGGGUACGGAAAAGCGGCAAAUCUGGUCAUCGAACGCGACAUACUUGGCACCUGGAGCAGCUACACCUUGUUGGGGUGGUAACGCUCGGAGCACGUUUCCAACUAGGGGACUCGGAUUGGUACAUGUUGGCAAGCAACCCUGUUCUAGGAAGAGGACACUGGUCGCAACACGGGGCACUCAACAAUCUCAGAGAUGAUGGACUCGAAUUGAUCGUCGAAACGAGACACGAACCGACGAUACUACCUUUGGGAUUGUUUGACCCGGAGUUGUCUGGUUGA